AUGUUGCCGCCCCCUGCCUGCGGUAGCGGCCACUGCGCCUGCGCAGAGCGCCCGGGGGUGGAGUCCUGGCUGCACCCCUUCUCUUCGCCCUGCCUCCUUCUGUUCCCCCCACCCACCCCGGCACCCCCUCGUCCCUCCUCCCAGCCACCCCGAACGGACAGACAGGUCGUCUUGCUAGGAGGAGGUUCAUCAUACAUCGGCCUUGUUGCAUCCAGCUGCCUCUACCGCCACGUGCCCCGUAAGGUAGGGGAGUGGCAGACGACCUCUUUCUGCCGCUCUUUGCCCCUCCUCGCAUUCCGUCCGUCUGUCACCCCCAGCACACACACACACACACCCCGAAAUUUCCCAAAGGAAAAGUGGCUGGCAGAGCAGAAACACGCCCAGAAGGGCCGACGAUCCUACAUUGCUGGGAAGGAUACAGAUGGACAGCAAUGGGUUUUUUCCCCUACAGCCAUGAAAGAGGCUGACACCUGCACAAGGCGCAACUUAAAACAGAACUUGUCAAACCGUGAUCCGAACUCGCCUCCCAUCCUAAAGGCGGCCCUCUGUGAUACUGUGCAGUUGUUUGGAGACAGCAACAAAUCCCACACUUUAAAAAAAAUCCCUAACGAUUCCCAGGUAUGAUGUCAAUGAUGCCUCCCUUUUCAUAGGAGUGAAUGGGGUCAGAAGAUUUUUGAGAUUAUCUAAAAAUAUGGGCGAUCCUUA